AUUGAGUUGUUAGAGUUUAUGUUGUGUGAACGUGAUUCAACUUAAAGGCGGAGAUUCGAGGGCUAUCAUUUAGUAGAACCACAACUGUAACCUAAAAAGUUGGCCACUCAGAGACCCAGAAAUGGCAACUGAACAUGAAUACCGCUUUAAACUGAUGGUACGUAGCAUACUACGCCCUCUGGGAAAGGGUGAAUUUGGGGAUACCGACGCCAUAUUGGAUCACCUGCAAGAAGUUUUUGGUAUCAAAAAUAGCAACUUGUGUUUUUCUGUGUUAAAAGAAGAAGUCAGUGUGAAGCCAGUGGAGCUAGAAAUUGACCUAUUUGAGGCAACGAACUUGAAAGACAUGGAUCCUAAUGGCUUGAGUGAUCCAUAUUGCACUUUUGGUCUUCUUUUACCUCACAAUUUUGAUGGUCAAGGAGAUAUACGACCAGAAAUCUUUAACCAGGGGCUUAGUAAGUCCAAUGUCCUAUGUUCUACAACAAAGAAAAAAACGUUGUCGCCUGUGUGGCAAGAAUAUUUCAAACUUGACGUUUCAAAUAUGGCAAACCAGAUACUUGUUGUGUGCAUCUGGGAUGAUGACCAAGAGGAAAGUACAUUUUGGGAAGACGUUAAAACAGUUGAUAAACCCUCAGGAAUAGUAAGUCUUUUCAGGCAAAUGAAGCAAACGUUAGAAAACAAAAAGAAUGUGGACGACUUUAUUGGAGUAGUAGCGAUUCCUCUGAAGGAUAUCCCACCCACGGGGUUAGACCGCUGGUUUGAUAUAAGGGCAAAACUGAAGAAAAAUUCUAAGAUAACUGGAAGACUUCAUUUACGGUUGACUUUGUCAUGCAAACAGGAUCCGGACAUGUGUGAUAGUGUAGAGAGCGACCAGUGCUCGCUAGAAGAUUAUUACCUCAUUCUGAAGGAGAUGCACUGCCAUUCCACCCAAACUAAACAAGACAAAGAGUUUUAUGAUGGGAUUUUGCCGAAGGAGAGCCAAAUAGCUCUGCAGAUUUUUUCAGCACAGAAUCAGGUGCUCCAUACAACCCAGGAUUUACUCAAUUUACUGGUGUUAAUGGAAAGAAACACGGAAAAAGAAAGUAAUCCUGUGGCUGAUGACGUCAUUCUUCAGUGUUUCACUACAUUAAGCAGAAACGUAGACACUUCUUGGGAGUUAGUGAGUUGUUCAGGAGGAUCUUUGACGAACACGUGCUUGUUCACAGAUUUUGAGCUAGCCUUGUUUGACCGGAUAACAACUUCGUUCAUCAGGUAUUAUCUUUGUGAAAACAAAGACCUUGACGGUUAUUUUUUCGCUUUAACUCCUACUAGAGUGAAGUUUCUCCAGGAAAAACUUAGUUUAUUGGAUCGAAUUCCGUCUUUAGGAGUUUCAACAUGGACACCUAGUAACAAACUGAGAUUGAACGAGCAUCUGAAAUUUCGUGUUAAGGGGGUAAAAAGAAAUGCUAACUUAGUACGUCGGGCAACAAACUUAAGGCUUAGGGCAAGAAACUUAAGUCCUUUCACAUACCGUUCUGUGGACAACGUUUUGUAUCAGCUGCCUUUUGAAUCCUGGGGUUUCAAUUACAACGAAACGGUGGCUCUAGCUGUUGAUAGUAAAAUGUACCCAGUCUGCUGGAGACUCGUGGAAAAGAUGCAACAUUAUCAAAUCCGAUACAAACGAUUCCAUGUCAACAUUAGAGACAGCUGCAGUGUUAGUAUUGCAUUCUAUAAUGCACUGAAAAUGUUGAUUUCCACACUGGAACACAGUUUGAAGAUCCGAAAAAUAUCUCAGUGCAGCACUGUAAGCUCCCGUUCCCUCCAGCUUCCCUUGAGUGAACUGAAACUGUCAGAGUACCGGAACUGGUUUGGAGAGUGUUUCUUGAACCUGCUGUACGUCUACAGAUGUGAGUGUUACCAGAGGGUGAGUCGAGCUGUGGAUUUCGAUCCAAAGAUGACAGAAGUUGCCCCUGGUGUGGACUUCUCUUCCUCUGCAGUAUACGUUCUAAAUUGUUUCGACAGAACAUUAUCAGAAUGGAGGGAACUUGGUAUUGAAGACAAUGAGAUUCAAACAGCGUUCCUCAUCAAACUAACAGACGUGAUUUGUGAUGGAUCCAAGUUGUAUGCUGAGAAAAUGGAGGAACAGGCUAAGUAUACGUGUUCUACCCAGCAUGUUUUGCCCUUCAUCGUGCCUCGGCAGGUAACUUGUAAUGGCUCAUUAUGAUAAAACCUGGCGCUCGCGAGCGGAGACACUCUUGAAGAAAGCAGGUUCACCUGUCAAGAGCUGGGCGUGGCCUAGUGAUGAACGUACUCGGACUGUGAAUCCGAGGAUUUAUGGUUUGUGGCCCGUUGCCGCAAAACACACCCUGCACUUUGUGGUGCGUGAGAGUGAUAGUCAAAUUCUGCUCUUCGGUCAGACAAAAGUUGGCGGUGGGUGCUAUUGACUAGCUGCCUUCUCAUUAGGGGCAGCUGCAUUCAAGUAGCCCUUUUUGAACUUUACGCGGAAAUUCUGAAACAAACAAAUAUAAAUCCACUUGUCAAAUGCGAAGAGGUUUUGCCAUGUUUUUUCAAGCUGUAUUUUUUAUCCUACAUGUUGUUUUUUACAAUCAUGAAUACUAUUUCUUACUAGUUAAGAGCGUGAUAACUCUAUGUUAAAUAAUGGACCGAACGUGGCCCACUGGUUAGUGUGCCGGACUGUGAAUCUGCAAGUCUAAUGCUUGUGUUUUGUUAUCGUAAAAAAACAACAAAAACGCUCCGCAUUUUUGGGCUACAGAUGUAUUAUUCGGUCGGUCAACAGUAGCUUAAAACGGUGGGUGCUGUUGACUAGCUGUUUUUCCUAUUUCUCUAUAAGUUCAAAAUUACAGGUUACCAACAUAUAUAAAG